AUGGAUUCUAUCGGUUCAUCCCCACGAAAAGGCUCCUCCGCCGAGCCUUCGCUGCCAGUUAUGAAGCCUUGCUCCCUCGCCGGUUCUAAGCGUUCCGCUCCGACUCUUCUUCCGCCCUUUGAGCCUCUCUCGUCGUCUCCAAACCUGCCUCGACCCGUAAAGCGACAGAAUCUUGGAUCAGGCUCCGGGGCUGUUCGAUCUCGUGCUCAUCUUAAGUAUCCUACUCCCGUUCCCACGUCGAGCACAGGUAUCUUGUCGAGUUCCCCGCCUCAACGGACCGCUUCCGCUUCCGAGCGAGCCCCGCUCGCUACCGUCCCCGCCGUCGAACUGUCGGAAAACGGCGAGACGCUGAUUAUGGGCCGAUCCUCCAACUCGUCCCACUACCAGAUCUCGGCCGAUCGCCUUGUAUCUCGUGUUCACGUCAAGGCUCGCUUCGUUUCUGCUACAAGUUCUCUCGAGCCCAACAAGAUUGAGAUUGUCUGCAAUGGCUGGAAUGGCCUCAAGCUGCAUAGCCAGGGCCGCACUUGGGAAUUGUACAAGGGUGAUAGCUUUACCAGUGAAACCGAGGGCUCCGAGAUCAUAAUUGAUGUGCAGAACUCUCGCGUGCUUGUCCAAUGGCCCAAGCGGGCUCUUGACCACCUUGCCGACAUUUGGGACUCUCCUCCCUGCCAGUCUCGUGCCCAGGCUAUUCUUCAGUCUUCUCCUCCACGCCGUGCUUCUCGUAUCACCUCUCCUGAGAGCCCCACGCCUGCCAGUCUGUCCAGCUCUCGCCGUCUCCAGGCUCUGCUGCCCGGACAACGUGACAUUGAAAUCUACGAGGACGAUGGUGAGCUUGAGUUGCCAGAGCACAGGCUUGAUUCCAGCAAUAUCAAUGUCAGCAUGUGCACCGAUGCGACUGCCAGCUUCAGCAGUGAGGUCAGUGACGGCGAGGACCACGACCCCAAUGAGGAGAACGACCCUAUUAUCCACUCAUUCGGACCCUUUGGUGCCGACAUCUCCUGCAGGCUGGCUUCGAUAACGACAAAGUCUCCCAAGGUAUUCAAGGGCACCAAGCGAGCUAUCAACCCUCUUCACAGCGCCCUCGCUUCUGAUCUCUUCGCUCCCCGUCAGAUCCCCUCUGCUCCCCACUCUCCUCGCAAGCAGCAAGCCAGGACUGAGUCUCCUCUGUCUUCUCCCCCUCGCGAGACUUCACCUGCUCCUACCCCUGAGAUCUUCAAGAUGUCUUUUGACUCGAACCCUGCUGUUGGCAACCACGUUAUCAACCAGCUCGCCUUCUCGCGUCUGUCCUCAACACCUCUGUCCACCAUCAUGCAGCACCUCCCUAUCGAAGAGAAGCGAGACCUCACCAAGGACGAUCUCCGGGAUGUCAUCGAGAGCACACUCUGCAUUGGCAUCAUCGAACGUCAGGGUAAGGAUGCCGCCGGCAAGCCCCUCGAGAGCGAGUACUACUACAUCCCUGAGAAGGAUGACGACCAACAGCGUCGCGCAGCGGUUGUUGACGGGCUUCGCAAGCCCAGUCUCCGUGCUUGCCGCAAGCAACACAAGCAAUACUACUGGAAGCGACCCAGGACUCCUUGA